AUGAAUGAGAAUAUUGGGGACAUCGUCUUAGAGAAAGCUCCAAAAAAUGCAAAGUAUACUUCACCAGAUAUUCAGAAAGAUAUUUUGAAUAUUUUUGCCAAUCAAGUGAGAACUAAGAUUCGUAAAGAAAUCGGGGAUGCAAAAUUCUGUAUUUUAGUUGAUGAAGCAAGAGAUACAUCUAACAAAGAGCAGAUGACUAUUGUAUUAAGAUUUGUGGAUAUUGAUGGUUUUUUACGAGAGCGGUUCUUUGCUAUUGUACAUGUGACUGACACAACUGCUGCAACACUUAAGAAAAAAAUAUAUGAUACUCUUGGCUAUUAUGACUUGCAUAUCCACAACAUGCGGGGACAAGGAUAUGAUGGUGCUAGUAAUAUGCGUUGCUCUUGGAAUGGAUUACAAGCUCUAUUCUUAAAAGAUUGUUCAUGUGCAUAUUAUGUACAUUGUUUCGCUCAUCGACUUCAACUAGCAUUAACUGCAGCUGCUGAAAAAGAGGUAUCCAUUUGGUUAUUCUUUUCAAAAUUGAAUUCCAUUUGUAAUCUCUUUAAUGCGUCUCCUAAAUGUCAUGCUGAGUUACUUUCUGCUCAAAAAGCUGAAGUUGCGCAUAUGGUAGCUAUUGGUGAACGUGAUACUGAAAACAUGGUGUAUGAUGGGUCCUCUAACUCCAUCCGUGGUGAAGCUAGUGGUUUGCUGAUAGCGAUGAAGUCUUUUGAUUUCAUAUUCAUAUUACAUUUGAUGCAAAAGAUAAUGGGGUUAACAAAUCUUCUUUGUCGAGCAUUACAAGAGAAAUCUUUAGAUAUUUUAAAUGCAAUGGACUAUGUUUCAACUACUAAAACUUUGCUUCAUACUUUGAGAGAAGAAGGAUUUGCUAUUCUACUUAGUUAUGUGAAAGAAGUUUGUGCCAAGUAUGACAUUGAGAUACCUCAAAUGGAAGCUCGUUAUAAAUCUGCUACAGGUCGUUCUUGUCAAAAAAAUGAUUCAAUCACAGUUGAGCAUCACUAUCGAUUUGAUGUAUUUACUGCUGCAAUAGAUUUUCAAGUUGAAGAGCUUAAUAGUAGAUUCACGGAUGAGGCAGUGGAACUUCUUAAGCUUAGUUGUGCUUUGGAACCUAAAGAAAACUUUAAGCUUUUUAAUGUUGAUCACAUCUAUCGACUUGCUGAGAAAUUCUAUCCUCUUGAUUUUGAUACACAAGAUUUACACCACUUGAGAAUGCAAUUGGAGCACUAUAAGAUUGAUAUUGUUGCCCAUAAAAGAUUUCAGAAUUUAUCAACUAUUUCUGAAUUAUGUCAAAGAUUAAUUGAAACAAGCAAAUCAGGAAGUUACAAUUUGAUUGACAGGUUGAUUCGUCUUGUUUUAACUCUUCCCGUCUCUACAGCAACAACGGAACGAGCAUUUUCAGCUAUGAAACUUGUUAAAACAGCUCUUCGUAACAAGAUGGAAGAAGAGUUUUUAACAGAUUCUAUGGUCAUCUAUAUUGAAAGGGAGUUAGCGGAAACUAUUGAUAAUGAUAUAAUAAUUAAUGAGUUUGAUUCUAAGAAAAAUCGAAGAGCACAACUUCAAUAA